CACUCUGCCACCAUACAAUCGUUCCCUCACCUGCUGCGGCUCUGUUACCUGCACUCUGUUCUUUGUUUCGUUCUUAAACCUUUCUCUUAUAACGAGUGUAACCUUUCGCUUCUUAUAUCACGGUUCACGAUCAGCAUCAUCGCCAUCCAACGCUUUCUCUUCUUGACCUCGCACAAGAUCCAUCCUCCUCUUAUACCACUUACAGCCCACCUCACACCAACACCAUCACAUCACAACACCAACAACACCACAUCCACAACCCACACAAAAUGCUCCUCACAACCCUCCUCCCCCUCUCCCUCCUCCUCGCCUCCUCCCUCGCCAAACCGAUAACCUUAACCCGCCGCGCCAACGAAGACGCCCCCCUCAACGCAACAUCCAUCAUCGCCACAACAGCCCCCAAAUCAACCUCCUGCGAAGGCGUAACCACCUUCGCAGACGAAUGCGCAACAGCAUCCCACGUAGCAUCCUACCUCCCGCAAGCCUUCCAAAAAUACAACGUCACAACAAAAGGCGAAAUGGCCGCCCUCCUCUCCCUAAUGGCCUUCGAGACGGGCGACUUCCGCUACAAUCGCAACCACUUCCCCGAACCGGGCCGCCCGGGGCAAGGAACCCGCAACCUCCAGAUGGCGAAGUACAAUCUCAUGUACGCCCUCUCGAUCCCGGAACUGAAAGACAAGGCGACCGAGAUCGCGGGCGGCGUCACGGACGGAAACAGCUUGACCGACGACAAGAAGAACCAGAUCCUCGAGCUCGUCAUGCCCGACGACUACACCUGGGGCUCGGCCGCCUGGUUCCUUACCACGCAGUGCGACGCCGACGUCAGGGAGAACCUCGCGGCCGGCACGGUGAAGGGGUUUACCCUCUACAUGGACUGUAUCGGCACCUCGGGCACCGAAGACCGUGUCGCGUACUGGGCUAGGGCCAAGGGGGCUUUCGGGCUGGCAUGAAUAUGAGAUCGAUACUCCGGAGCUGGACUCUGUGAAUUGUUCCCUACCUUCAACUUUUUCAACUUCUUGUAUAUAUAUCAUUACAAUUUGGGUGGCAGCAUCGGAUAGGGAUAUGAAUCACACGAAUAUAUCACCAGUCUCAGUGACCAUCCUG